AGCUUGCCGUUGAGCACAACAUAUGCAGGGGUUCGCAUGGCCCGUACCUUGCUCCGUUGCUCCUCCGAAGCCCUGUGCAAUGCAGGCGGGUGGCGUAACACACGGCGCCUGCCCCAACUUGCCCGAGCUGCCCCACGUGGCAGCCUGCGGCGUGCCGUCCGCCUCGUCGCUCCCGCUGCGGCCGUUCGCGCUGCGGCCGUCCGUGGGGACCUGGCUGGCGCCGCGGCCGACGCGGGCUCCUCGCGCCGCCGCGUGCUGCGGGGCGCGCGCCGCCGCGGGCGCCGUCCUGUUCGGCGAGGUCCAGGGCACUGCAGUGAACGGGCCCUCGCCGGCCCACGAGGAGCAGGUCUGGCAGGGCAGCUCGGCGGGCCUCGCAGGUCCGGGACGGCCGAGCGCGCGAGCCGGGCCGCAGCCGCGGGGGGCGGGCUCGGACUUGGCGAGCGAGCACCUCUGCCACUACGUCGGCGGGCUCGGGGCCGACAUGGUCGAGGGCGAGGAGGCUGUCAGGUGCGUCGAGGGCGUGGGCACCGAUGGAGACUCCACGGGCGCGGGCAGCUCGUUCGCGGCGAGCUCGACGUCGGAGCAUCCUCCCGCCAACUCCCCGGAGGUGGGCAGGUACGUGCCGUUGGCCGAGAUCGGCAGAGGGGUCUACGGCACUGUCCUGGCCGCGAGGGACAGCGAGACCAACGAGACGGUGGCGCUCAAGCGGAUCACGGUGGACGACGACCAGGCCGACGGGGUGCCCGCGCACAUCAUCCGCGAGGUGUCCUUGCUGCGUGAUUUCUCCCACCGCAACGUCGUGCAGCUCAGGGACGUCCAGGCCGUGGGCAUCAGGGAGUUCCAGCUGGUCUUCGAGUACGUCCCUGGCGAGCUCCACCAGAUGCUGAAGGGCCACCGCCGAGCCGGCACCCAGCUGCCGAUGGCGCGCGUCCUCCAGUACUCGCAGGACCUCCUCCGCGGAAUCCACGCGUGCCACGCGCGCCUCAUCAUGCACCGCGACCUCAAGCCGCAGAACGUCCUCGUCCACCCCGCCGACGGCCUCAAGAUCUGCGACUUCGGCCUCGCGCGCGCCUUCUCGCGGCCCGUCAGGGCGUACACCCCGGAGGUCGUCACCCUGUGGUACCGCGGCCCGGAGCUGCUGCUCGGGCGCGCCCCGUACGGCCCCGAGCUGGACCUCUGGUCCGCCGGGUGCAUUCUCGCCGAGAUGGCCACCAGCCGCCCGACAUUUCCCGGGGACUCGGAGAUCGGUACGGCCUUCAAGAUCAUGCAGCUGCUGGGCUCCCCCACGGAGGCGACCUGGCCGGGCUUCGGCCAGGCCCUCGCGCACUGGAGCCCGCGCCUCCCGAGGUGGCCGCCCGGCGACCUCGCGCCGAUCCGCGACCUGCGCCCCGAGCUCGGCGAGGCCGGGCUGGGCCUGAUCCGCUCCCUGCUGGUCAUGAACCCCGCUGCCCGCCUCACCGCCCGCAGGGCGCGGGGCCACGCCUUUCUGCGGCAGCAGGGCGCCGUGGCCUCCAGCGAGGGGCGCCCGAGCUCGGCAGGGCCAGGCAGGGCCUGACCCCGUUUCACAGGGGUGCGCGCCCGAGAGCUGGCGCACCCAGAAGACCGGCACCGCCGCCGAGGCCGCGUGCGCGGUGCCCAGGAGUUGCGCGCCCAGAGACCACGGCCUGCGGCUCCACGACCGUGGAGAUCCCCGCGGGGCGGCGGAGCGGCGGAAAGUCCACUCUCUCAAACGUCCAGCAGCUCGGUGGCACGCGUGCCCCGUGGCCCCCCCUGGCCGCGCCCGCCCCCCCCCCCCCCGCCCGCCCCUCCGCCCGCGGGGCGCGGCCGCGGCGGGAGGGCGCCUUCGGCCGCCGCUGGGGGAGCGGCGACUGCCUCCUCCUCGAGGAUCGAGGGAGCGUGAGGCUCGAGCACGUCGGAACUCGGCUUUGCCGAGGCUUUUCGACCGGCGCGUCCUGGAUUUGGACGGUCCGCUCUCGCAUGCCUCACAGAUCAGAGACUGGUGCCACUGCGGCAUCGGGGAAGCGUAAGGCUCGAGUACGUCGGAACUCGGGUUUGCCGAAGCUUUUCGACCGGCGCGUCCUGGAUUUGGACGGUCCGCUCUCGCAUGCCUCACAGAGCAGAGGCUGGUGCCACUGCGGCCUCUCGGCGCGAAGCUGGAGCCUUCGGGGUGGGCCAGCGCUUGCUUGACAGAAGCAUGAGCUGACAGCGCGACGUGGAGAGCGGUUGUGGGACCGCCUCAUACGUUCUUUUGAUUUUGCUAGUGUAUCUUGGGUCAG